AAAGAGAUAAUCAGGAUUGUGUUAUUUCAGAACAAAGCCAAGUCACUGAACGACCGUCGUAGAUUGAUUUUUUUUAUUCUUUCUCCACCCCCACCCCCCAAAAAAACAUAGAAAUGACCUCACUGUUGAGUUUUCUCACACACCACCUCCAAGUUUUAAGUCUUGAGAGCUCCCACGAUUGGUACAGCUUUCUUCCUUCUCACCCUUCCCUUAGUGAGUUCAGAUGACUCCAGACACGGGGUUUUAAUUCAAACUAUUUUAACCAGAUUUGUUCAGGAAGCAGUCGUUUCAGUAAAGCGCAUUUGCAGGGGAAACCAUUUUUUAUUUGCUCCUUCCCCCCUCUUAAAAAAAGUUUUGUUUUUUUGCUUUUUUACCUACUACAGAGACAAACCAAUGAUUACACACAAAACACGUCUUUCUGCUUUUUCUUGCUUUUCAGUUCGUUUCUUUCUUUCGGUUUUUUUUUUUUACUUGAGCUGUAAUUAGUUUCCUGAACCCCUCCCUCUUUUCCGGGUUAUUUCUCAGCGCGUCUCUGUCCUGUGGUCCUCAGCUCAGCGCGGUUAUGACAGCUUGUCGCGCUUCUUCUGAACACGGUUUCCGCUGAUUAACAACGUAUAAUCAGACAUUUCUUCAAGUUUGCGUUGUCCACAGAUGUCGCGACAGCAGUGUGGGAAAAGUGGAAGGGCAGGGAAGACGAAUGCCCACUCUUUUUUCUGACAGGUUUAAAAACUGCUUGCCAGGUCUUUUGGGGAGACCGGCACCAGCGUGAAGAGCAAGAAUGACCAUGCGAUGUUUAUCGCUGCGACUAAGACGAAAGCAGUUCCUUCCUUCCCUCCUGUCAUUGCUGACUAUAUCCAUCCUGCUAUUGGUCUGUGUCAAGCACAGCUACAUCACUGAACCUUCACAUAUUGGUACGGACAUGCAGAUAAUUCCCAAGUACAAUAUUGAUUGCUCUGCUAUUUAUGACAUGGACCCAGUGGAGGUGGGGAAAUCUCUGCUGAUCAAAAAGAAAGACGUUGUGGAGAUUAAAGAUGAAAGUCUAGCUUAUCUUACCUCUAACUGUACUUUAUUCAGAAAGUACAGGGGUUAUGAUAAUGUGUGUGCCACAGAAGAGGAGCAAGACUUUCCUAUUGCUUAUUCUUUGGUUGUGCAUAAAUCUGCCUGGAUGGUAGAGAGACUCAUCAAUGCACUGUACUCACCCAGUAAUAUCUACUGUAUCCACUAUGAUCAAAAGUCCUCUGCUCAGUUCAUAUCAGCUAUGGAGGGUUUGGCCCAGUGUCUGCCCAAUGUCUUCAUUACCAGCAAGAAAGAAUCAGUAUAUUAUGCAAGCAUUAGCCGAUUAAAGGCUGAUCUCAACUGUCUGUCUGACCUUUUGGGUUCAGAAGUCAAGUGGAAGUAUGUCAUCAACCUCUGUGGCCAAGACUUCCCUCUCAAGUCCAACGUGGAGCUAGUGUCAGAACUAAAGCAACUGAAUGGCAGAAACAUGCUAGAGACGAGCCGACCCACACCAGCUAAGAAACAACGGUUCACCUUUCACUAUGAGCUGAAAGAUGCCAGCUUUGAAUAUCAAAAACUGCCAGUGAAAACCGAGUAUGUAAAGAGCCCACCACCACACAAUAUUGAGGUGUUCUCUGGAAACGCCUACUUUGUACUUUCCCGGAAGUUCAUUGAGCAUAUGAAUGCCUCAGGUGUAGUGAAAGAUUUUUUGUCCUGGUCAGAGGACACCUACUCCCCAGAUGAACACUUCUGGGCAACACUUGUGCGACUGCCAGGUGUCCCUGGAGAGGUGGCUAGAUCCAAGCCUGAUAUCACAGACCUGAUGAGCAAAACCAGGCUGGUGAAGUGGCAGUACCUGGAGGAGCAGCUGUACCCACCGUGCACAGGGACACACGUUCGCAGCGUUUGUAUAUUUGGUGCUGCGGAAAUGCGUUGGUUGCUGAACUAUGGCCACUGGUUUGCCAAUAAGUUUGACCCCAAAGUGGACCCUGUACUCAUUCAGUGCCUUGAGGAGAAGCUGAAGGAAAAGCAGAAGUUAUUUCAAUCAGUAUCACUGACUUGUCGUAAAGGUUAAACGAUGGCUAAAAUGGAUCAGGAACAAAUAUUAUGUUCUUUCAGUGAUUUUUCAAAUUUGACUGCUACUUCUUAUACAUCAUUAUCUUUGAAGUUACAAAUCAACAUAAUUGAUUAAUUAUAAUGAGCUAUAAGUAAUAGCGAAGGGGACUAAUCACUGUUUUCUGGUCUUUUAGAAACAAAAGUUUAAGUGGGAAAGACAAAAUGCAGCGUUGAGAUAUGAAAAUGGUGUUUACAGCUCUAAUAUGUUGCAACGUCGUUUGUUUAAGGAAAGCUGCCGAGCUGCGUUCUUUUCUCAGGGUGUUUCUGUCUCACUUGAGUCACUUGUUUAUCUACAAAGACAAUGUUGGUUUUAUGGUAAAUGGUAAAUGGACUGAUUCUUAUAUAGCGCUUUUCUACUCUC